GCUUCGAUUCUCGCGAAAUGGAAUAAACAAACUGCGCGUGGACUUGUUACCUUUCUAGCUAAUGCUAACAUUUAAACGUUUUUAAAUAUAAUAUUUUGUCUGGAUAAAUAACAGGAAGCGGACAAAAUGGGGGACGACACUCCUGAGAGGGAAAUGAAGGAUUUUCAGUUCCGUCAGAUGAAGAAAAUUCGUGUCUUCGCCUCCCCUGAUGAUUUGCCUAGGGGGCGCUCGAGUCUCCUCGCCAUCUCCAAUAAAUUCGGCCUGACGUUCGUCAGCCAGGGCAAAGCGCUCAAGGUUUUUGUUACUGGUGACAUCAUCAGCGCAGGGAAGGUCACCGGAAACCCCAAUGAGAUAGUGGAGUGUGUGCAGUGCCAGGCGCUGACUGUUGACCUCCCCGUGCACCACCUUGCUCUCAGCAGUGAUGAGCUCACCCUGUCAGUGUGUGGUGCCAGCGAGGAAGCUUCUCUCACACUAGACUUCUACGAUGUCCGCACCUUCUUCAACAAGUCCAGACAGGACAAGCGUCCGUUCGCGUCCUUUAAAGCAGGCUCCCAGCCAGACACUUUGGUUCAGGAUCUAAAAUGGAGUCCGGCGGAAGCGUUUAGAGUCGCAGCUUGUCUUUCAGAUGGCAGUAUGAUGGUACUGGAUGUGACAGACAAAAUCGUACCGGUGGCUCAACUUCCUGCCUCCGUUGGCAUCACCUGCAUUUGCUGGAGUCCUAAAGGAAAGCAGAUUGCUGCUGGGAAACAAGACGCCACUGUGGUGCAGUUCACUCCCGAUCUGCAGCAGAAGAAGGUGAUCCCAUGUCCGAGUUUCUACACGGCAGACAAUCCUGUUAAAGUUUUGGACGUGUUAUGGUUAAGUACAUACAACUUCGCCGUGGUGUACGCGGCGGCCGACGGCUCUCCCGAGACUCCGCCCGAGCUCGUCAUGGUGUCACUUCCUAAGAAAGACGAGAAGAAAGAGGACAAGUUCCUGAACUUCAGCGACAUCGUGUACGGGUCGUGCACCGAGAGACAGCAUCAUUACUUCCUGAACCACAUAGAGGACUGGGAUCUGAUCCUCGCUGCCUCGGCUGCCUCUAUCGAAGUCAGCAUUAUUGCUAAGCAGGAGGACAAGACAAACUGGGAGCUGUGGCUGCUGGAGGACGCGAGCCGAGCAGAACUUCCUGUCACUCUGAAAAACGACGACACGCUUCCUGUUGGAGUGGCCAUCGACUACACCAGUCAGGGCGAGAUAUACAUAUCCGACGAGAAGCAGCUCCCACCGGCUCCCACGCUGCUGAUCCUCUCUACUGAUGGAUUGCUGUGUCCUUUCUCCCUCAUCAACGUGAACCCCGGUGUUAAACAGCUGGUCGUGUCCCCAGGCAGCCUGCCUCAGAGCGGAGAGAGAGCGCCGUUACAGAAGUCGCUGCCUCUAAUUCAAGCUCCUGCCACAUCCAAACCACCUCCUCCUGUCUUCUCAUCAUUCCAAGUGCCCUCUAUCACACCUGCCUCCACUUCUGCCCCUCCUACUUCUUCAGCCGCACCAGCAGCCCCAGCCUCUUCCUCCUUGGGUGUUUCCUUCAGUCUUCCCUCCACCACAUCCUCUCUUUUCUCCUUUAGUGCUGCAUCUACCGCCCCUUCAAUCUUUCCCUCUGCAUCAGGCUUCUCCUUCGCAGCUCCUAAACCUGCAAGCGAGGCACCCGCCCUCCCUGCGUUCACCUUCGGCAGUCUUGGCCCUAAACCCCUGACGGAGGGCACUAGUACCUCAGGGCACGUGGCUACAGCUACAGCUUCUCCCAUCACUCUGCUGAAGGGUGGAGCAGAGCCGCCGACGCCUAACGUUCGAGUCAACCUGAAUGACCGGUUUCUAGCAGCAGAGACUCCCAACACACACACUCCAUCUUCCCAGCCCUUCUCUUUCACCUCCACUCCCAAACCAGCAGCUCUAGAAUCGAGCGCUCAGCCCAAACAAGCAUUUGCUAUCAACAAACCUGCUGCACCCCCCACAGUGACCCGUCCUGCCCCUGCUCAGAUCAGCACUCCAUCUGCCGCAGUGCAGAAAACUGCUCCGGCUCCAACCGCUUCACCUGCUCCUCCUUCAACGCAGCUUUCUUCUGUGAAAUUUGUGGAGAAAAAGCUGCAGCAGACAAAAGACAUCGAUCCUGUGAUCCUCGGAAUACAGGAAGAAAUCUCUCAUUUCAAGAAGGAGAUGGACGAGCUGAAGACACGUGUGAAGGGGGCGGACUUCUGCGUAGGGAGCUCGGACGAGAUGAGGGAGCUACGCAAAGAGAGCGAAGACCUGCACAGGUUCACGCUGGAGAUCAAAGAGACCACAGAGUCCAUGCACGGUGACGUCAGCACUCUGAAGACGACGCUGCUGGAGGGGUUUGCUGGAGCAGAAGAAGCUCGAGCUCAGAGAGAACUGUACCGAGACAAGGGUUACCUCCAGCUCCUGUACAAGAAACCACUGGACCCACGUACUGAGAGCCAGCUUAAGGAAAUCCGCAGGCUGUACCAGUACGUCAAGUUUACCGUGGAGGACGUUAACGACGUGUUAGACCUGGAAUGGGAAAAACAUUUGGAGAAGAAGAGAAAACAGAAAUACAUGAUCGUCCCUGAGCGAGAGGCUCUUUACACAGCGCUGGCCAACAACAUGGACAUCAUCAACCAGCAGAAACAGAAGCUGGAGCAUCUGGUGAGAGACCUGCAGAGCCUGAGACUCUACAACAAAACCUCCAGUCAGCUCUCAUCCACCUCCUCACCAUCACCUUCAUCAUCCUCACAGGGUUUGGAUAGCGAGUUGGAGAGUCUUAAAAACGCCUUGUUGAAGGCGAGUCUGGAUACGGCACCCAAAGCUUCUUCUAAAUCUCCAUCUAAGAUGACGCCAGUGAAGCAAUCUCAGCUGAGGAACUUCCUUUCCAAGCGUCAGACUCCACCUGUACGAUCCACAGCUCCAGGUAACUUGUCGAGAUCAGCUUUCCUCUCCCCCAAAUACUUUGAGGAUCUGGACGACGUGAGCUCCACCUCGUCUCAGUAUCAGCCUCCGGAGUGUGAUGACCCGCUGCCUGUGCCCGAGGAAGUGGAAGUGCCUCAGCCUGUCCCGAACCCCUCGAGACACCCGGCCGUAGUGCGCACUUCGUCCGUCCUGCCUCGAUCCAUCAUGGAGUCCGUGCCGUCGUUCCCCGGAACGAUGCAGUGGUCAGGGAUCAGCACUGGACCUCACACAGUUCCUAAGAUAAACAUGGACAGCGCUGACAGCACAGCACUGGCCACAAAGACGGUGACACAUGGACCUCCUCCUACAGAAAAAGCCCUGUCUCAUGAGAAGACCACGCCCACUGCUCUUCCCCCGGCUCAAGCUGCAGGAAGAGCCGCUUUAAACCGACACAUGAACAGCCAGAACCCAAUUGCAAAUCUGACGGAACUCACACUGAAGAACGUGCCUCAGGUUGUGAACGUACAGGAGCUGAAGGAUACCGGAGCCACCGUGCCAGUUUCCACUGACACCAGCAGCUCCAUGACUUCAUCUGCAGAUCAAACAUUUCAGCAGGUUCUGGCAACCGUGGAGGCUAAAAAAAACCCCACCCAGAGUGCCAUAAAGGUUCAUCCCCCGGUCACAGACAGCGCUCCGGCUCAACCUGGCUUUGUGUUUGGUCAGCUAACCAAACCCGACACUGCUGCACCAUUCAGCUUGUCUUCAAACCUGGAACCCCAGAACAGCAAAGGACUAUCACCUGCAGGAUUCCCCUUUAACCUGAGCACCACAUCAUCUCAAUCCCAAGGAGCGAGCUCUUCUCAAAGUGUGACCCAGGUGGGUAAAAUACCACAGAAACUUGUCACUUCUGCACAGAACUCGACGAGCGAACCAGGCAAAAGCUCCACGAUUCCCUCGUUUCAGGCUCUCAAAGCUCAAGAAGAUUCUCUCGGCCCCUUCCUCGAUCUCAGAGUCGGCCCAGGAGACGAGGUUAAAGAAUCUCCGAAGCCCAGUACGACCUUCACCUUCAAGCCACCAAGCACAGCUCCUGGCACGGCGUUCACAUUUGGAAACCUUCAGAAACCUGCGACCGCUGGAAACAACCCGGAGACCAGCAGCACUACGUUAGAGGCAUCUAAAAAUCCAGGAAUUUUUAAGCCUCCUGAAAGCACAGAGUCAUCACUGACCAGCAAAAAAUUCUCAUUCACGCCUGCUUCGUCUGUGUCCGUGCCUUCCUUCAGCUCUCUGCUCGCGACUCCUCUGUCUCAAGAAACUACCCCUGUAACUGAGAAAGCUCCUGAACCUGAACCUUCUCCUCCACUCGAGUCGGUUUCUACCGCUACACCCGAAGAACCUUCUUCAGAACCGAGUGCUGAAGCUUCUGCGAUUUCUACAUCCACUCCGUCUCCAGCAUCCGUCACAGAAGAACCUCCGUCUUCCCAAAUCAAACAUGAAGAGCCUGAAAUUCCGGUGAUCCAGACCGCAUCUGUUCCCCAGGCCACGCCCACAUCCAUGCAAUCUGUGGCUGAGACGGUGCCCGUAACGGCGUCAAAACCCGUCCAGGAAACGACGCCUGCUACCACAGUUAGUGUAGAACAACAACAGCAGCCGGCAGCAGAACCAGCAGCUCCACCUCCACCCUCCACCACUCCAGGAUCUAUCUUCACCCAGCCAGCUGUGAGCUCCAACAGUACAACGUUACCAGUCACCAUCUUCACCCCAGUCAUCAGUACAGCAGCCACCAGCAUAUCUGCUCCUGCUCCGACUCCAGUGUUCUCUCAGGCGAUCACCACCUCCUCCACCCCUGCGUUCGGAUCUCCGGGAUUCGGCGUUCCUUCCACCACUUCCAAUUUUGGGAAACCGGUUUUCGGACAGCCGACGUCUGUGGGAUUCCCCUCAGCUGGCAGCUUCAGUUUUAACCAGUUUGCGUUCGGGGGCAGCUCCGGGUUCGGACAGACGGCCGCACCGAGCACAGCUCCUGCUCCGGUAUCCAGCAGUGGAGGAGGAGGAGGAGGGCUUUUUGGAUCCGUUAGUACCACCAGCGCCAGCUCCUUCUCGUUCGGGUCAAACAGUACCAGUUCUGGAGCGAACGCCGGGACGAGCAUCUUUGGGCAGAGCAGCGCUCCUGCUUUCGGGCAGAGCAGCAGCAGCACCUCGACCUUCGGACAGGGAUCCUUAUUCGGAGGGAACACGACCACGACGACCGUGUCUUCUGGAUUUGGAUUCGGACAACCUUCUAUGUUCGGCAGCACCUCUUCUUCAUCUGUGUUUGGUCAGCAGCCGAGCACCAACAGCGUCUUCGGCCAGCCGUCAUCAGGUGGAGGUUUGUUCGGCUCUGGGGCCCCCAGCUCUUCCGGUGGAGGAUUUUUCAGCGGUUUGGGUGGCAAGCCGAGUGAAGACGCCGCCAACAAAAACCCGUUCGGAUCCACUAACACCGGCGCUUUCGGUCAAACCAAUCAGACCGGUGGGAGCCUUUUCGGGAACACCGGUGCGAAGACGUUCGGGUUCGGAGGCGUUACGUUUGGAGAGCAGAAGCCCAGUGGGACGUUCAGUGCUGGAGGGGGUUCUGUAGCUGCUCAGGGCUUCGGCUCGUUCUCCACUCCUGCUAAAACAGGUGGGUUUGGAAGCAGUCCAGCCUUCGGAAGUCCUCCUGCGUUUGGAGGAUCUCCCGCGUUUGGAGGUCAUGCUACUUUCGGCUCGGCUCCAGCUUUCACCAGUCCUCUGGGUUCCACCACAGGGAAAGUGUUUGGAGAGGGAACGUCAGCGUCCAACGUCGGGGGAUUCGGCUUUGCGUCUCCCCCCAGCGGCCCCACCUUCGGCAGUCUGACCCCUCAGAACAGCACGCCGACUUUUGGAGGUUUGGCUCAGCAGACUCCGGGAUUCGGAGGCCAGAGCGCCGGCUUCUCAGGCUUCGGUCCUUCCGGAGGUUUCGGGGGCUUCGUGAAUACGAACACCAACCAGUAAGUUCUUCAGAGACGAUUCCUUACAAACAGUCAUGCAGUAAUGAGUGAUGGGUGGAGAAGCCAAAAUUUAUACCUUUUUUUUUUUUUUGUUUUGUUAAUUUGUUUUUUUCUAGGUCGUCUUCUCAGACAUUUGCUGGUUGGAGAAGCUAGUAGCUGGAAGCUUUGUUCUUCUCACACUCUGUAAUUAGAUUAGUGUUUUUGGGAAAGAGGAUCUCUGAAAUCUCAAUCAUGUUAAAACCCUGUGUUCAUCCUUAAAGCAUCAGAUUCUUUAACAAAGCCUGGCACGACUCGGACUUUCUCUGACAAAACGCUACGUUUUUCGUGAAAAACAACAAUGUUUACAGUUGAAUAGGCCAAUAAACACCUCUGUUAGUUCAUCUUCUAACACCAGUGUUCUCCUUCAAACACCAUGCACACGUUCUUCAUUUAAACACCAUUAAAGCCCAAUGUUCUCGAACUGAAGACCAUCAUACUCCAACAAUGCCAAUGAAAAAUAACCAAAACUCAACAGACCAACAAACACCAGCUAUUUUUAUUAAACAUUAUGAAACACCAACAUUCUCCUUCGAAAGAGAACGACACACCAAUAUUUCCUUUAAAGCACCAACCAUCACCAUGGAAACUCCAUCAAAAAGCAACUUUCUCCAUUAAACCACCACCAAACACUGACAAAGUAAAUACUGCUAAGGAAACCAACAUUCUGUAUGAAAGCUAGCAGAUUCCAUAAAAUACAACCAAACACCAACAUCCUCGUUAGAUCACCAAAAAUCACCCAUGAAAAUUCCCCCAAACCCAACGUCCUUCAUUAAAAAGUGCUGUACGGCUGCGUGCUGGUUCAUCUCUCGGUGUUUCCAGGGAACUGGGCUUACAGGGUGAAGGCACCGAGUAGGAUUGAGGCGUCAGAGACGUUACUCGCUCCCUCACACACGCUGAAUGCGAUGUUGUGUUUCCAUGACGAUUUGUGAGGCUUGUGAAUCGAAAAGGAUUUUAUUUUAUACACUGCACGAGUUCUGAAUAAACGACGAAUUAAAUGUAACGUCCUGCAUGGCGGCGAUAAGACGAGCUUCAAAUAAGAUGAAUGAAAGAGAUGUGCAGUUUCUUUUGCUAUAUUUUUAUGUGGGUUUGAAUUCGUAUAAAAAAUAAAGCAGGCUAAUUAAACUCA